AUGUCUGCACCCUCAUCUUCCUAUCAGACAUUCGCCUCUGCUUUUCAGUCGUAUCAGGAUCAUCACUCCCAGGCUGGUCCCUCCAGCUCUCAUCUCGACGCUCCUCUUCAACGUCAUGUCAUAUUGGAUGAAGAGAAUGGCCUGGUGGUUCAAUUGAUGGCUGCGGUAGAAGAACAAGUUCGGUCCAAGUCUACCGCCGAGUUAUACGACGCGCCGAGUGAUGAUCAACUCUCCGUGGAAGAGAGAGAAGCUCUGUUACUCGAGCACCGGACAUGGCAGUUACUUCGUACUGUCUACGAGAAUCGGCUGAACCGUGACGACCCCGACUUUUCCCCCAUAUCAGCCGAGACACUGCUCCAAAAGUGCCCGUACAUCUCCCCCGAAGAAUUAGCCCAGACCGUAGUGGAAGAAGACCCAGAAUUGAGCUUAUGGGCUGUUUUGAUAGAACAUCUACAAACACGUCCUCUCCUCACUGAACCACCACCUCUGGAAGCUCGCCACGGAUAUUUACCAUCUACCAUACGACGUGCCCAAGCUAGCAAGAACGCUCUGAGAGGAGGACAUCAAACCUCGUUGGAUCCCGAUUUCAUACUUCGUGACCCACAUGGGCAAGGUCUCGCUGGAGAAGAUCAAACUUACCAAACCCCCCUGCUCGCGACUUUGUGGGACUUGGUGCGGCAUGGUGAGCUCGAUCAGGCUGUGAAGGUCUGCGAGCAAGCGGGAGAGCCUUGGCGAGGUGCGACCUUGAUGGGUGGUAGGCGAUGGAAUAUGAGUGGAAUGAGUGAGUCAAAUCAACCCUCACUUCCAGCUGGCAACCGAACAAGGGCAUUGUGGAAGAAAAGUUGUCGAGCUAUCGCCAAAAAUCCUACUCUAUCGGCCGCGGAGAGAUGUCUAUACGCGGCACUCAUCUCAGAUUUGUCCACAUUAAUACCGGCCUGUGAAACUUGGGAAGAUCAUCUAUGGGCACAUGUUCAACAUCGGAUUGAAAACCGUCUGGAAGCUCGCUGCAGAGAUUUGGGAGGGUUUUGGGAAGAAGAGGCCAGAUUAUUAGGUAGUGAUGAGGAGGAUUCUUCUCAAGUAGCUAGAGGCGGGUUGGAUGAGGUGUUCGCUAGCAUCUCUUCUGUGCAGUCAGAAAGUGUUGCUAUGGCCGUAAACAAUCCUUACUACCUCGCUCAGAAGAUGAUCAUACUUGAUCAGACUGAUCAACUUCUGAAUCGCAUAGCUGAUUUAAUACCUCAACUGGCAGAAGGUGUGUCGCCGGAAUUGGUCGGACCGUAUAUUCGUUUUUUCGCCCAUUUGGUCUUACUUCUUCGUACGCUCGGACAAAAAGUCCCCGAUGUAGCGGCAAACAUCAUUCUGGAAGCGUAUCUUCAGAUACUAGAACGAGAUGGGAACUCUCAAUUAGUUGCCAUGUACGCCGCUUGUCUUCGGGAAGGUAGUGGAGAAGAGAGUUAUGCUCGUUUCCUCCGAUCCAUGGAUCCGAAUACGACCAAAGAAGAGAGAAUGCGAGCUUUGUCUAGAGCUAAGCAACAUGACUUAGAUGUUGCGAUCAUAGCGAGGGAGACGGUGCGAAUGAUAAUCGAGGAAGCUUUCGCGACUAUACCACCUUUGACGGUGGAAUUACCGGACAUCACGUCCAUAGUUAGUGGAUUGAGCGAGAGGGAUGUGUAUUUGAUACGAAGUAUAGAGUGGUUGACUAUGGUCCCGGAGACGUUUACGGAUGCUUUGGUAAAGUCAAAUGAUUUGGCGAGGUAUUUCUUAGCAUUGGGACAGGCGAACGCUGCUCAAGCUCUGCUAAAGACCCUCCCUUCAGAUCUGACGGACGAGCAGAUGAGUGGUGCCGACGACGAUGAAAACUACCAUCAGAUCGAGCAUGAACAAUUCAGACAGUUGUUUGUGGUAUUUGCAUGUCAUGAGUUGGUCGGUGAGGUUUUGAGUCGAGCGCCGAAGAAUACAGCAACCAAGAUUGAACAACAUAGCUGGCGUAAAAGUCUAGGUAGCGCCAUCGAUAAAGUUCACGGGACGACCAUAGAUUUAUUGUUGAGUGAUUGGUUGAAACUUCCAAUAGAACGUUCAAGUCCGAGAUUCAAAGAAUUAUCUCGUAUUCGACAAAUCUUCAUCCCUUCACUCAUCCUACAACUUCACACUUUACUUUACACCCAUCGCACCCUCUUCCCUCAGAUGUUACAACAAGCUUUGGCGUUGAGCAAGAUCGUGGCAGAUGAGGAGAAUGGGAUAUACGAAGAAUUCUUUUCUCCCGGAGGAGAGAGAUUGGUCGUUUAUCUUGAUAAAAUCAGAGAAGCAGCUUUGGCAAUGUUGGAAAUUGGGAAGAAACCAUUUACGGAGGAAUAG